AAAAGUUUUUGCUUUUUCAAAAAAGAAAGGAGAAACAUCUCGUUUCCAUGGCUUUGCGAGGAGAUGAGCCUGAGUUUAUGAACCUAAGAGAAUGGGAUCGAAGAGCUCGAUUAAUCCGCGAAAACCCGACUUCAAGAAGAUUCUCUGCUUCAUACAUUGGAAGCUUCCGAGAAGAUCAUCACAAGUCUUCUUUUAGAACAAACUUCAACAACAUCUCUAGUACUGCCUCUUCUCCUGGCUACACCCUCAAAGAAGAGAUUGACCCAUCAACAUAUUCCUUCACCAAUGCGCUUAAAGCAGCAUUACAAGCAAAGACAAUGUACAAUAACAGAGAAUGGUUAGCGCAAGAAGGGUUUGCAUUGAAUUCUAAGUGGAACGAAGCAGAGAAAUAUAUCUGCAAUCCAUUGUCUGGAGAAGUUCCAAUGGAGUGUUUGUCUGCUAAAACAUUAAGUGCAAGAUCCUUCAGAAACUUAUCCACCAUGUCUGCGCCUCUUCAACACUUCCCUAAUCCCAAUCCAUUGAUGAAUAAUAUUGGUCAAAGCAAACCAAAUAAUAAUCCUAACGUUAGAGUUAUUCACGAGGAUCUUUACGCUCCUGAUCCUGUACUUGUUGCUCGAGAAAAGAAAGUUGUGGGGGUGAAGCGAGAUGUGGGCAUACAGAGUACGACGUCGGUGGAUCUUAGCUCCGGUAGCCCUAGUCCGGCAAAGACGCCUCCGAUUAUGGAAAGGUCGUUGAAACGACACGUGGAAGCUGAUGAUUCGCCAGUGGAUUUCAAUCUCAAAUUGAAAGGUCAACUAGAGGAUGUGAAGUUGGAAGAGAAAGAGAAAGAAGAAGAGAAGCAAGAUAUGAGCAACGAAGAAGAAGAAGAAGAAGGCGAAGAAGAGAAGCAAGAUAUGAGUGAAGAAGAUGAAGAAGAACAACAACAAGAAGAGAAGACCAAGAAGAAGAAGAGGGGAACUGGAUGUUUCUCAUGGGUGAGAUCAAGACAAAGACAAGCAAGAAAAUCAAAGUACAUCUUCCCUAUUUGUGUUCCUCAUCUUGUCAAAGGUUGUUGAAAAACCUUUAACCCAAGAGAAUCAAUAAAGGUUUAAAGGUUUA